AUGUUGCAAGGCGUCAAUCCUAUCCCAGAUCCUAUUGACACAAAGCACGAUGACAAGACGUAUGACCCGGAAGAAGACCUGAAGCGUGUAGACAACACGUAUGAGGACCCGUUUGGUAAUGAAGAGACUGCUGAGGUCAAGUACAAGACCUUGAAGUGGUGGCAAUGCGGAAUGUUUAUGAUUGCCGAAUCGGUGUCUCUGGGUGUCCUCUCUCUCCCAGCCACGUUAUCCGCCUUGGGAAUCGUCCCUGCAGUUAUCCUCAUCGUCGGCCUCGGUAUUCUUGCUCUGUACACCGGAUAUGUCAUCGGCCAAUUCCGCCAACGGUACCCAUUUAUUCAUAAUCUGGCGGACGCAGGCGAGAUCCUCCUGGGACGGUUUGGUCGUGAACUGUUCGGUCUGGGCCAGAUUCUGUUCUCGAUUUUCAUCAUGGGUAGCCAUAUCGUCACAUUCACUGUGAUGAUGAAUACCAUCACCGAGCAUGGCACCUGCUCGAUUGUGUUUAGCGUCGUGGGAAUGAUCAUCUGCAUGGUUCUUUCGCUUCCUCGCACGAUCAAAAACAUGACCUAUGUCUCUAUAGCCUCCUUCCUAAGCAUCUUCUCUGCCGUCAUGAUUACCAUGAUCGGCGUCGGUGUCCAAUACAAAGGCGGCGAGAAUAUUAGCGUCACGCACGAAACGAAUCUAUACCACGCUUUCUCGGCAGUCACCAACAUUGUUUUCGCCUACUGCGCCCACGUCGCCUUCUUCGGUCUCAUAGCCGAAAUGGAAGAACCCAAGGACUUCCCCAAGGCUCUGUGUCUGCUCCAGGGCUUUGAAAUUGCUCUGUACGUCACGGCCGCCGUCGUCAUCUACUACUACGUCGGUGACGGAGUGGGGUCUCCUGCUUUGGGAUCUGCUGGUCCGUUGCUGAAGAAGGUAGCCUAUGGCGUUGCUAUUCCGACGAUCGUCGGAGCAGGUGUGGUCAACGGCCACGUUGGGUUGAAAUAUAUCUACGUGCGCAUGUUCCGUCGCAACCCAACACGCAUGCAUAAGCGGGAUCUCGUCUCGGUGGGAUCCUGGGUCGCUAUCGGGUUGACUUGUUGGAUUAUUGCAUUUAUUAUUGCACAGGGGAUUCCGACUUUCAACAAUAUCGUCUCUUUGAUUAGUUCGCUCUUCGCGAGUUGGUUCACUUACGGUCUGAGCGGCGUCUACUGGCUCCACCUGAACUAUGGAAGAUGGUUCUCGUCUAAGCGCAAGAUCGCCCUCUUCGUGAUCAAUAUUUUAAUCGUGGGUGUUGGUGCUGUUAUUUGCGGCCUCGGUCUGUACGUUUCCGGGAAAGCUAUCCACGACGAUAGCUCCAAGAUGAGCUUUUCUUGUGCCAAUACCGCAAAUUAG